AAUGUGUCCUUCUGCGCAUGCUCCACACUUCUCCAUGUUCCUCACGGUUGACGUCCACACGCUCCUCUCCAGAAGGGCGCCAUAGUUUUUUCCCUUCCUGACUGACUGCUCUGGGCUUUCUGAACUCCUGCUGAGGUCCACCAUGGCUUUUCAGUUCCAACAUGUAGACCCCAAUUUCUACAAGCUGGUUGAAAAUGAGAUCGAGGUGAUCCUUGAGGCUGAACAAGAGGCUGCUCCAGCAGCAGAAAAUGGCAACUUUGAAGGUCCUCUAAAUGGUCCGGAAAAACUAAAGAACCAGGGCAUUCCAGACCAUAAGGAUGAUGUGAUCCAUGACAUUGGUGAUGACAUCAAAGAUGAGAGCCAUGGGAGCCACCAAGGGUCUGGACACCCACAGUUGGAGAAGCAGGAGAACUUGGCUGCUGCCAGGGUUCCACAGUUCCGCCGCACAAGGCCACGGAUCCAGUUGGGUCUCACACCCAGGCAGCUGAGUGAACUGGAAGAAGUUUUUGAACAAACUAAGUACCCUGAUGAGACUACAAGGAGGGCCCUUGCAAAGCGCUUGUUCCUGGGAGAAUCUAGAGUGCGGAAGUGGUUUAAGAGAAGAAGAGCCAAGUACAGGAAAACUCAGCAGUCUCAAAUGCUGAAGUGUGAAUCUGCUGACAGGCAGAACACCUUGCAGUAAAGCUUUUGGAGGAAUCCUGAAGCAUCAUCUUGUCCCGGCACUCAAUGAAGAUAUUCUGGUGUCACUGACGAGUGCUCAUAAUGGCUGUGAAACCUUAUUCUUUCAUCAACAAAGAGAUGUGUAUUCAAUA